UAUUUAUCUAUUUAUUUAUUUAUUUAUUUAUUUAUUUAUGUUGCACAGGUGGUGUCUGAAAUCUGCUCCAGGGAACAACUGUCAGCUGAACUGUUUUGUCUUGGCGCCCGGCGUGUUUGUUAAGUAGGGCCAAUUUUCGUUUUGUCGCUGAAGACCACGUUAAUGUUGAAAAUUUAGGAAAAACGAAUUGCAAGUGCCACUGUCAUAACAGAUUGUAAUGAAAUGAAAAUUUGAAAUGCCUUCUUCCUGGAGUAAGCUUUAAAUUUGGCGCCACCUGGGACUUCCGUGUCCGGGCUGACAGGUUGGAUGUGGUUGUGCCAUUCUGACCAAAAAAUUGCCGAAAAUGGCUUGUUCCUCAUUAAAUAAAAUCCCAGAAUCCUCCAGUUUUAACUUAGAAGUGUAAGAAGGGGAAAAAUAACUUAAACAUUAGCUAACAUUGUCUUAAACUGCGAAGAAAAAAUUAUUUUUUGACUGCCGGACGCGAGACCACGCAAUGUCCUUGGGACUGGGUACUACUACUCCCUAUUCCUCCUCCACCAAGUCAUAAAUAAAGUUCAUUCACUGCGGUUCUUUAUUUGGCGGCGGUAUACAAAGGGAAAGGGGAAUCUCUCUGAACUUUACACUUCUUUCCCAAAAUUUUAUUGCUGCGCAAAUGUCGAAUCCGGAAAUAACGUCAAAGAAGAGAAAAGAGCUCGAGAACGGCGACGAAGAAAAUUCAAAGAAAUCAAAGAUCGAAUGUUCAGACACACAGCCCGAUUCACCGCCAGGUCAAGAUCACAUAGAGCAAAACCACUUAACAGACGAAACCUUAGCCGACAAAAAUUCUGAAGAGGCCAAAGAAGUCGACAAAGUCCAGUCUGCUGCAUUACUGAAUACCUGUGGUAAGCUUCUUAUUAGUGGUGGAACCAACUGGGACUUGAUUGGACGAAAGGAGACCCCAAAAUCGGCAGCCAAUGUCGGAGGUCCAAACUUGUGGGAACCACAUAGCAUUUCCUCACUAAACAGCAUCAGAGUGCAGCAUGUAGCAUCAGGACCAAGUGCUUGUCACAGCAUCAUCAUCUGUGACGAUGGAACUGCCAUGAGCUUCGGACGCAAUGAUUGCGGUCAGCUUGGCCAUGGAGAUCUGGUGCGCUGUGACAAACCCAAGAUUAUUGAGAGUCUGAAGCAUUAUACUGUUGCUCAAGCUAGUUGUGGAAAAGGGCACACUCUGUUGCUUACAGCUGAAGGUAUCCUAUUUGGCUUUGGAGGAAACAAAAUGGCUCAGUUAGGACAAGGACACCAAAAACCUGUGGUGGCAAAACCAGUACAGAUUGUUCACCCAACCAACAAGAAGAUCUUGAAGACAGCAUGCGGGGCUGAAUUUAGCGUGUUUAUCGAUGAAAACAACCUUCUGUAUUCAUUUGGUCGACCGGAACAUGGUCAGCUCGGACACAACACAGAUGGGCAAUACUUCGUCACUUCCAACAAGCUUGCUUUUGACUGCGAGGUUCUUCCACGCCAUGUGGCAGUGUUUGUAGAAAAGACAAAAGAUGGCUUCACUCACAUCAUAGAUGAUGUGAAAAUAGUGGACGUAGCUUGCGGCAAUAACCACACGAUUGCACGAGAUACUACAGACCGCGUAUUUACUUGGGGCUUUGGAGGUUAUGGCCGGCUCGGUCAUCAACAGCCAAAAGAUGAGCAUAUACCUAGACUAGUUACCUUCUUUAAAGGCAAAAGUGUUUCGUCAGUUCACGCGGGCUCAAGUUACAGCUUGGCUUUAAGUUCGGGUCAGCUGUAUUUUUGGGGCUUGACCAAGAGUACGGGUGACGCUACCAUGUACCCUAAACCCGUUCGGGACAUGUCGGGAUGGGACGUGCGGAGUGUCGGGUGUUCUAAAACAAGCAUUGUUCUGGCAGCGGACGAUAGCGUGGUGAGCUGGGGCCCAAGCCCAACAUACGGGGAACUGGGUUACGGAUUAAAGAAAGGCGGACAAAAGUCCUCAUCAAACCCAAAGAUAGUGGAACCUCUAGAAGGCAUUUACAUUCAACAAGUGGCGUGCGGAUUAGGCCACACCCUGUUCAUUGCACGUGACGAGGAGAACGAUCGAGCGCUACUGGAUAAAAUACCGGUGUACGAUCCUGACAAGGUAUGAAAGCUGUGGAUGUGUUGCUUUGGUUUUCGUCCUGAAAUGCCGCGCACUUCACGACCACUGAAUGAGCUGUCAUGUCACAAGUCACGUGAUCCCAUGCAUGCGUUGUAGUUACUAACUCCAACCUGUUAAAAGUAUCAAUUUCGUUGCACGAAUAAAUAGUUUAUUCUGUUUCUUUAGGUAACCUUAGACAAUACUUUAGAUGAAUCGUACGCGAGCCUUUGUAUUUCUCCUUUCGACGCAACAUUGGACUGGGUGCAAAAAUUGCUGCUUAGUUAAUAAGUUUGUCUGUUACUGUUAAAGAGCUGCCGCAAACCUGCAGCUGUCGAAGCUCAGCAUCCUAUGCUCGAUAUUGGCAAAGCCCAAAGCAUGAUUCAUCUUCAUGGUAAUGAGCUGUCGUCAGAUCGUCAUCGCAACAAGCUGACGUCACAGCUUUCGUGGCGCUCCAACCCACUUCUGAUUGGGCAUUAAAUUCCGAAAAUUCCUGCCACUUGUACGGGAAUUCGUAGGAAGCAAAACUUGCUGUAUGAUAUGAUUCGGACUAUGUUGCAUGUAUCAUAAAAUGGGAGGGUUUUUGUUCUUUAAAACUACUACUUAGAAAAAGCUAUUAUCCCCGAAGCACAGCAAUACAACGGUAGCUUCUCUCUUAUGUUGCUUAUGAUCAGAUAUUACUUUCAGGCCUAAACAAGAGACCAAUACACGACAAGUCAUGCCCAUGAAAAUCGCUUGUGAUCUAUUUAUAAGUCGUAUAUAUUGUUACCAUUUCUAUCGUCAUCUUCGAAUUCAGUACCUCUCAUCUCUAAAAUCUCUCAGAACUUGUGAAAAGGUAAUCUGUGCUUGACAGAUAACUGAUAGUUCGGAGUGAAAUCUCUGUGAGGGAGGGAUGUUAAAGGGAACACUUUCUCUCGUAAUUGUCUUCUGUAUUAAAUAUUUCAGAAAAUAUCUGUAUGUUCAAUUUUGUGUAAGUGCCUUUUCCUUUCUUUCGCAAAACAUCAUCAGGCUGUAUAUUUGUUAGUAAUGGUUAGAAACUUUGUAAUUGUGGGACAGAGAUUUGGUGACAGCUGAAGAAAGCCGAAUAUUGUACAUUUAAAUCUAUAACAAGAAGAAAAAUUUCAAAGUUGACGUCAGAAAAGCAAUAAUAGUGAAAGUUUAUUUAUUUUGCAGAGCUCUAAAAGAAUCAAAGUAUUGAUUAAAGUGAAGAUUGUUGACUCCUAAGUUAUCAAUGUUAUUGUUACGGCGCCAUGUGCAAUAAAAUCAAUAUAAAACGGUUA